GGGUCGCCAGCACGACCCAACGAGAGUCCGCAAGUCGUUGCGUGCCAGUCCGUGCGUGUGCUUUACCUAAUAAUAUUUCCACGGCCAGCAUUGCCCGCUAGUGCUCUCUCUCGUCGCUCCUCGCCUCUUGUUCUCCUUCUCUCUCUCUCUCUUUCUAUCUCUCUCGCUUUCUCUGUCUCUCUUUCUCUUUCUAUAUCGCACGUUGCCUAACCCCCGUGUGUGUGGAGGCACAGGAGUUCUCUCUCCAGAGAGAGAGCCAAGAAAGCAGAAGAAUCACGCUGCAGAGCAGCACGUGUGCUGCGCUCGUGCGGAUCGUACGAGUCACCCCCGUCGCGUUUACUUGCUACUAAGCGUUAAUUUUCCGCGAUUAUCACCGCGAGGACACGGUUUCACGCGGUUUCACUCGGUUUCACUCGGUUCGACAAGGUUUCACGCGGUUUGGACUCGUUUGAUCGGGGUGAAUUUGGUGUAUAAGGACACGAUAUUUUGGAAUAAGAAGAUUGGGUUACAUAAGCAGAUAAAGGAGAGAGAAUUGUAGAUUGAUUGGUUGAAGGUUUGUCGAACACGGUUUUCGGUGUUUGUUGAUUGUUGAGUUUUGUCAGGGACGUGAGUCUCGGUUUCUUAGAUAAGGGAGAGUUGAAUAGUGGUAGGAAACGCGAGUGACUAUAAUAGACGCGAUAAGCGUGAUUUCGUGAAGAUUGUGCCAAAGUACACCGUGUGACGAUACCACGUUGCUUAUUCCGGAUUCCUCGUGCGGCGUCCGAAGGAGGCUGGUCGGGAGAUAGGCAUCGGCCGACGGCAGCUUUUGUGACCGGAAGUGCCUAAAGGCCCGAAGAUUCUGCCUUCGCAGCAGCUGGGCGCUGCGGUCGCUCCAUGGCCGGGCGCCACCGGCCUCCUAGCCUCUGUCACCGCUGACGAUAUGGCACACAAAGGUCACAGUGGCGUCAAUCAGCUCGGAGGUGUUUUCGUCGGCGGUAGGCCGCUUCCAGACUCGACGAGGCAAAAGAUCGUCGAGCUAGCGCAUUCAGGCGCACGACCUUGUGACAUUUCUAGGAUUUUGCAAGUUAGCAACGGCUGCGUCUCGAAGAUUCUUGGGAGGUACUAUGAAACCGGAUCCAUCAGGCCCAGAGCAAUCGGUGGCAGUAAACCGCGCGUAGCCACAGCAGAAGUCGUAAGCAAGAUUUCCCUUUACAAAAGCGAAUGCCCCUCUAUCUUUGCGUGGGAAAUCAGAGAUCGUUUGCUCCAGGAAGGUGUCUGCACCAACGAUAACAUCCCUAGUGUGUCAUCUAUAAAUAGGGUACUGAGAAAUUUAGCAGCACAGAAGGAGCAACGGCAACAGCAGCAACAGCAGCAGCAAGGGGUGGCUGCUGUUGGUGUUGGAGUUGGUGCUGGUAGCCCAGCUGAGAGCGUUUACGACAAAUUGAGGCUACUGAAUGGGCAAACCACAGGCUGGCCGAGGCCCAAUCCAUGGUAUCCAUCUGGUGCUGGCAGUCCGUUUCCAUCCCUGCAGCCCAGCUUGAGUCCAAGUCAUUGUACAGCCUUGCCGCCGGAUCCUGCGGAUAUCCUGCAUGCAAAGAAAGUUGCAGAACUGGAGGGUGGUGCACAUUCGGACGAAACGAACAGUGGAGGUGACAACAGCAACGCCGGAAGUGUAUCCGGAGGCACGGACGACGAUCAGGCGCGUCUUCGCUUAAAAAGGAAGCUUCAAAGGAAUCGUACAAGCUUCAGUAACGAGCAAAUCGAUGCUCUCGAGAAGGAAUUUGAGAGAACGCAUUAUCCAGACGUUUUCGCCAGGGAAAGACUUGCUGGAAAGAUUGGUUUACCGGAAGCUCGAAUACAGGUGUGGUUUUCGAAUCGGCGGGCGAAGUGGCGGCGCGAAGAGAAAUUGCGCACGCAACGGAGGGACAACCCGCAACACCAGCAGUCACAACAGCAACAGCAACAGCAACAACAGUCGCAGCAGCAGCAACAACAGCAACAGCACGCCGGAGGUGUGAGUCUAGUUGGCGCUGGCCAUCCAACACCGCCGCCAGCCUCGGGUAUUUUGGCUAGUCAACCACCCCCGCAAGCACCGCCCUCUCCACCCAGGAUACAUCAUGGUUUCGCGCCCACAGCCGUUUAUCCAGGAAUACCAAGCAUGCCUGAUUCAUACAGCCCAAUGACGUCGAUGCCGAGUUUCACUAUGUCCGGUGGGAGUCAGCAAAACCAGCACACUACCAGCAGCAUGUCAUCGUUAUCAACGAGCGGUGGGAUGGGCCCCAUGGGCAUGACCGUGGGCAUGACGGUGGGACCGAGUCCCGGAGCGUGUCUUCAACAACGAGACAACGGAUACUCGUGUGGUGUGGCUCGCCCACCGAGUUACGAGCCUCUUCAUCUUGGAUACGGGGCACGGCCCACGUGCAGCCCCACUCAACCAUACCAUACCGCGGGCCUGAACCAGUACAAUCAAAACACCAGCUCCACCGGUGAGUGUCUACCGCACUCACUGCACUCGCUGCUUGCACUUUAGCCGAUGGACUACCACGGAUAACACGCUAUUCAACCUCCCGGUCUGAUAUCACCAGGUGUCAGUGUACCGAUUGCAGUACCAGGUCAACCAGCACCAGAUAUGGCAGCGCAAUAUUGGUCCCCUCGGUUACAGUGACCGUGGUGGUCAUCGGUGUCGACAUCCUCUCCGUAGGCUUGAGCUUCUUUGACUUACGUUAGUUUUACAAACGUUAGAUACAAGAGAACGCAAGGAGAAGACGUUCGAAAUCGAUGAAAGGGCAGCUCUUGCAAUCGUUCAGUAAAAUAUCGAUUCAACUGUCGUCGAUGAUCGUCGACUGCCUUUGAGAAUUCAAAGGCGAUCUCUUGAAAAUCGUUCGAAGAACAUACGAGGAAGGAGAAUAAAAAAUAAUGACGAUGAUAAACGUCACGUCUGAUACAAGAUCUAUCAAGCAUAAAAAGAACAAGUUUUGCAAAAAGUUUCUUUUGUGCGAGAUGAAAGUUUUUGCAAAUUAUUAGACGUGAACGAGUAUAAAUUACAAGAAUUAUGUUCAGUUGCUUUUUCUUCAAGUGAUUUUUCAUCCGAUCUUUCGAAAUAUAUCACUGUUCGUAAGUAUUAAGAUAUUUACAGAACGUGAGGUUGAUCUUGGAAAUAAUUGGGAAAUUAUUACUACAAUCUUUAAGAAUUAAUAUAUAGUUUGAAAAACAGAUGGAGGUAACAGAAUCUCAAGAUACGUACAAAAAUCAUACAUUUGAAAAUUCGAAAACUUUGAAGAUUUGAAAAUCUAGAAAUUUAAAAGUUUGAGAAUUUGAAAAUUCGAGAGUUUGGAAAAAUUUGGGAAUGCUAAAUUCGAAAACUUGGUACUUGGUAUUUCAGAAAUGCUAAAAUUUUGAAAAUUCAUAAGUUUGAAACUUCAUAACACGAAAAUUCAAGGAUUUGGAAACUCAAAAAUUUGUUGACUUGAAAGUUUGAAAAUUCAAAAAUCCAAAGACUUAUUUAUCAAUUCGAAAACAUAAAUAUUCAAAUUUUGAAAUUUUUUAAUGUUUAACAAAUCAGAGAUUCUAAAAUUUGAAGAUUUAUAAAUUCUGAAAUUCAAGAAUAUGUUGUAUCAAAGGAACAUUAAUUGUUAAUUAGGAUUAUCUAAUUCAGUACAUUCACCUUGUAACUCUUGCAAACUC